AUGACCCCUCCAAAUAACAUAAUAGAGGAUUUUAGGCUAUGUCACGGUUUACUGUUUGAUCAAAGCGGUUUGCGUCUUGCGCAUAAGUGUGCAGUUCAAGCGAAUUGGUCCAUCGAAAAAUCUCCAAAGACAAGACCCUCUGUACAGUUUAUAAACACUCACAGAAUACAAGAUACUUAUACGUAUGCGAAUAACCUCGCACUUGAUAAAGAGGGCACUCUUUUUAAUCCCCCGAAACCAUUUUCUCGUUUUAAAGAAAACAAUCCUUUAUAUGAAAGGACGCUCGAUAAGGCGGUCAUUUUCCGAAUAGACAAAGAACUUUGGAAUAUCAAUCUUGCGCUUGAGGAUGUCCAACCGACCGAUGAAUUUGUUGAAGCAAUCAAGCAAGCGAUUGAACAUAAUCCAACGCAUAGAAAAUUGGAUGAUGUAUUCUCUGAAUAUGGAUAUUGGUUGAAUUGCAAAAUUAAAGUGGGCUGCAGGUUACAACGCUUUUCUCAAUUCUACCCUUUCGAACCUGGACAAGACCAUUAUUCCAAGGAUGUUGAAUUACGUCAAACAGAAUGGAUAGACGAGUUUAUUCUCAAAGACGGCGAAAAUAUUUUAUACGAUGAAAUCCGUGAUGAAUGGUCAAAGAGAAUACAUCCAUUUGAGAGCAACUACUUGCUUUCAGCUGACAAUUCCGUAAUAGGAAUUGGGGAAAUCGGCGAAUGGUUACAAUAUAGCCCGAGAGCAUCUAACCAAUGGAGUGUAAUUGAAAGAGCCAACUUUGUUCCAGCUUAUAAAUUUCUAGAUGAAUCUUUAAUUGCUAAGGUCGAAAGGUUAUUCAGUGAUGAAACAGAAACACUCAUGAUUGGAGAAUCACUGAUUGAUCCUCGUUGUGCUGAUCUUUGUCAGGUUAAGUUUCCUCUUACUCAGCCUCUAUUGAGCAAUGCAUAUACAGUUAAUGGAAAAGUCUACAGCAAUGGGAAAAGAUGUAACGUAGCUGUGAAAUUAUAUUUUGCUAGCACUUAUGGAUUUUCUCUCGAAAUUGCCUGGAAUAAAUUUCCCAAAGAAGUAGAAGGUAUUUAUGUCAAAUGGAAGUUGCUAGGUAAUCGUGCUAGGAUUGGUUACUUUGGCCAAUUGAAAGUUGAGACUUUUGAAAGUAAAACACAGGACAGAAAAUUAUAUAUUGGAUUAGAUGUACCUCCUGCCAAAGUCUGGCAGGAAGAG